AUGGCUGGAAUUAUAAAGGAGGAAAUGGAAAUUGAAAAUAUUGAGAUUAAAGAAGAGAUUCCAGAAGAUAUCCUUCCAUCCCCUUCUGAAGCGGAAACAUGCAAAGUUUAUAUAAAGGAGGAAGAUGUCAAGGUGGAAAAUACUGAAACUAAAGGAAGAGGAUCCUCUGCUGGUUGGAUCAAAGAUAACCAAAAAGAGGAACUAGAAGGAGUAAGAUAUCCAUGUGAUAAAUGUGAGUAUUCUGCAACCAGCCGAAGUAAUCUCAGAGAACAUAUUAAGAUUAAACAUGAAGGAGUGAGAUAUCCAUGUGAUAAAUGUGAGUAUUCGGCCAACAGCCGAGGUAUACUCAGAGAACAUAUAUUGAAUAAACAUGAAGGAGUUAAAUAUCCAUGUGAUAAAUGUGAGUAUUUGGCCACCAGCCGAAGUAAUCUCAGAGGACAUAUCAAGAAUAUACAUGAAGGAGUGAAAUAUCCAUGUGAUAAAUGUGAGUAUUUGGCCACCAGGCGAAGUAAACUCAGAGAACAUAUAUUGAAUAAACAUGAAGGAGUGAAAUAUCCAUGUGAUAAAUGUGAGUAUUCGGCCAACAGCCGAAGUAAUCUCAGAGAACAUAUCAAGAAUAAACAUGAAGGACUGAUAUAUAUAUGUGAUAAAUGUGAGUAUUCUGUAAGCAGUCAACGUAAUCUCAGAGAACAUAUCAAGAAUAAGCAUGAAGGAGUGAUAUAUACAUGUGAUAAAUGUGAGUAUUCUGUAAGCAGCCAACGUAAUCUCAGAGGACAUAUCAAGAAUAAGCAUGAAGGAGUGAUAUAUACAUGUGAUAAAUGUGAGUAUUCUGCAAGCAGCCAACGUAAUCUCAGAGGACAUAUUAAGCGUAAACAUGAAGAAGUGAGAUACCAAUGUGAUAAAUGUGAAUUUGUAUCAACUACCGUAAGGAAUCUUAGUUUGCAUAUCAAAAGUAAACAUGAAGGAUUAAGAUAUCCAUGUGAUGAAUGUGUCGAGUUUACUGCAGCUACACUAAGUCAUCUUAGCAUACAUUUUGAGAUCAAACAUGAGGGUUUAAGAUAUUCUUGCAAUAAAUGUGAAUAUGUUGCAUCUCAAGAAAAUCAUCUUUUAAUUCAUAUUGAGAUUAAACACUAGGGAGGGAAAAAUCCUUGUAAUACAUGUGAGCACAACGCAACUAAUUUAAGCAUCUUAAAAAUGCAUGUUAACAGUAAACAUAAAGGAGUAUAAUAUCCAGGUAAUAAAUAAUCCUUGCAAUGAUGUGAGUACGCUGCAACUAAAAAUAGCAUUCUAAGAACCCAUAUUAGGAUUAAAGAUUGAUUGUGUUAUUGAGUAAGAUAUCCAUAUGAUUCAUGUGAAUAUGUUAACAUUGAGAGCAAACAUUAAAGAGUGAGAUAUCCUUGUGAAAUAGUUGGUUGAUAAUAAAUACAUCAAAUAGUUUGGAAAUGUCAAUAGAUUAUUAUUAUAUCAUAUUUGUGAGGUUCCAUGGGCACAUACCCGAGAAAUUAUAUUAAAAAAUAAUUUUGGUGAAAUCCGACUAUUUCAAGUUGGAACAGUUCACAUUAUGAGAGGUUGCAAAUAAGUUUUAUGCUCUUGUUCUGACUAUCACUGUUUUUUUAUUUUUCUAAUGUUAAAAUGUA